AUGGUCUGGGCGCUGCUGGAGAGAGUGAGGGGGCCACAGGCAGCUGUCUCCUCAGUGAGGGAGGAGAGCGUGCUCAGCACCUCCGGCCUCUGUGCUGCUGUUCCAGUUCAGCCCGGUGGAGAUGUGGACGUGGGUCGUGACCCGAAGCUGAAGCUGUUCAAGGCGGACAGGAAUGGAGACGGCACGUGUCCUGAAAGCAGACAAAUUUGGAUCCAGGUGGAUGUGACCAAGAAAGUGCAGGCUGAAGCAGCGCGCGGGCUCUGCGGUCACCUGCAUGAUGUCAUCAAUGCGGGGUUAAACGUCCCGCGAGCCACCGGCCGAUUCACGACACUGAACCGAAUCACGCGCAGCACCGCAGCCUCGCGCCACACAAUAGAGUCGCAGAACAAUAGCCGCGCGCGGCGCUGCUUUCCCAGCCUACGGCGGCGAACGGGCCUAGUUCGUGCGGAGGAGUAUCACCGGGAACGCGUUGAAAGCGCCGCGCUGCGGCGGGAACGGGCCGUUGUGUGUGUUUUGGAGCCCCUCGGGAGGAAGAGCCGCGGAGCACGCGGAACGCGCUGCGGGGGGGAGAGCGAGGCGGACCGAGUGCAGAGAGAGAGGCGGACGCAGAGGGGAGUGAAUGGGCACGACUGCGCCCUCCGCCUCACCGAUAUCCAUCCGUUCUCUAUCGACACAGUUAGACCACCGCGGUCCUUCAGGCAGGCCAGCCCGGAGAACCGGAGCCAGCGGCAGCCAGCGGGAUGGCACGCGCAUGAAGCAGCGGCGGGCGAAGAAACAAGGAAGCGGACGGCUAGCUGCGCUCAGCACGGGCUAACGUGGGCUGAUUGUUGGCGGAUACCGAUUCUAAUGAGCGACCCAGGAGCAUGCGAGCUGAUUCAGAGAGAAGUCGCUGGGCGGGGGGCCGGCGGGGGGGCGAGGCGCAGGCGGACGCGGUGUCGGCGCUGCCAGGCCUGCAUGAGGACGGAGUGCGGCGAGUGUCACUUCUGCAAGGACAUGAAGAAGUUCGGUGGGCCCGGCCGCAUGAAGCAGUCCUGCCUCCUGAGACAGUGCACGGCGCCGGUGUUGCCUCACACAGCUGUGUGCUUUGCGUGUGGAGAGGCAGGGAAGGAGGACACGGUGGACUCAGAGGAUGAGAAGUUCAGCCUCUCGCUGAUGGAGUGCACCAUCUGCAACGAGAUCAUCCACCCCAGCUGCCUCAAGAUGGGCAAAGCUGAAGGAAUCAUCAACGACGAGAUCCCGAACUGCUGGGAGUGUCCGAAGUGCCACAAGGAGGGCAAAACCAGUAAGGACCAGGCGGAUGGCUCGGGCAAACGCAGGCUGGAUAACGGUGAGGUGGGCCGGUGGAAGCUCACCGAUGACCCACCUCCUAAAAAGAAAGCCCCACCCACCUCGGAGGAGGGCGGGCACAAGAGGAAGAAGGAGAAAGAGCUGCCUGCGGACAGCGGGCCCAAGAAGAAGAUGAAAGGAGGCCACGAAAAACGCCUGAAAAAGAAACCCAAACAGGAGGCAGCAGAGUCCAAUGGCCCCUCCUCCUCUGGGGGCGGAGUCUCAGGGGCGCAGGGCUCCUCCACGUCAUCUUCCUCACAGCCCGGAGGAGGCGGCGGUGUGGGCGGGACGUCAAGCGCUGACCAGCGUUCCCAUCACAGAGAGAAACUGGAGCGAUUCAAGAGGAUGUGCAUGCUGGAGCGCCGGCCCUCCUCCUCCUCCUCCUCGUCCUCCAGCUCAGAGUCUGACUCGGAGUCUGACUCCGAUUCCCCGUCAUCGUCCUCGCCAGCCCCACCCCCUCCCGUCGUCUACAGCAGCGGCAGUCGGGCGGAGCGGGAGAGAAGGGAGAGGGAGCGGCGUCUGGCCGAGCUCGGCUUCAGUGCCAGCGAGGAGUCGGAGGGGGAGGGAGGGAGGGGCGAGGAGGACGAGCGGGAGGACGAGCAGGCAGGGGGAGACAAGUCCCGUCGGAGAGGGGAGGCGGGGCUGCCUCAGAGGGGACGCAAAGGUGGGCUGAUGGAUGGAGAGGAUGAGGACACGCCCACUUUGGACAGGACCAGGAAAAACUCCGCCUCCCUGCCCCCGCCCUCGCCGCUGUCCUCCAGUCAGAUGGCUCCGUCCUCGCAGCACGACAGCUUCACGGGGAAACAGCGCAGCAACGGGCAGGAGGCGCGCAAUGGACGGACACGUGGAGGCACGGGGGAGGAGGGCGGGGAGAAGGAGAACACCAGCGGAGCUCUGACCAAUCACAGACACGGCGGGGGCGGAGCGGGUGGGACCAAAGGUAGCGGCAGCCGUGGCAACAAGAUUCGAAACAACAAGAACCAGACGUCUAGAAACAGCACCACCUCCUCAAUCCCCACCUCAAACGGCGGGGGGGCGGGGCCAGGACUCAUGAUGUCAACCAUGGCAGCGUCCCCUUGCUCGCAGCCGUCUCGCCUCGGCCCUCGCUCUCAGAUGAUGAAGCGCAGCCCGCCGGCCGUGCCCUCGCCUCCCCGCCCUGUGCAGAUGGAGAGGCACCUGGUGCCCCCGCCGGCGUGCCCCGAGCCCAGCUGCCUGCCGCUGGACUCUGGCACCGCCCACAUCAUGACACGGGACGUGUGGCUGCGAGUCUUCACCUUCCUGAGUCACAGAGAGCUCUGCGUCUGCAUGAGGGUCUGCCGCACCUGGAGCCGCUGGUGCUGCGAUAAGAGGCUGUGGACUCAGAUCGACCUGAGCCGGCAGCGCUCCAUCACCCCCCCCAUGCUGAGCGGCAUCAUCCGCCGGCAGCCCGUCUCCCUCAACCUGGGCUACACCAACAUCUCCAAGAAACAGCUGAUGUGGCUCAUCAACCGCCUGCAAGGUCUGCUGGAGCUGAAUGUGUCGGGCUGCCCGUGGGCGGCGGUCUCCGCUCUGUGUCAGGCCGUGUGCCCCUGCCUGAAGCUGCUGGACCUCAGCAGAGUUGAGGACCUCAAAGACUCUCACCUGAGAGAGCUGCUGGCGCCCCCACCUGAUACCAGGACAGCCCACGGGGAAACCAGAGCGGGGCGUUUCCACAAUGUGACGGAGCUGCGUUUGGCGGGUCUGGACCUGACGGACGUGUCGUCCCGCCUGCUGGUGCGUUACGUUCCUCACCUGGCCAAGUUGGACCUGAGUCACUGCGGGAACAUCACCGACCAGACGGUGCACACGCUCACCUCCCACAUCUCCCCCCUGAGAGAGAGCCUCACCCACAUCAACCUGGCAGGUUGUGUUAAGGUGACGGAGCAGUCCAUCCCACUGCUGCGCCGCUGCACCUCCCUGCAGACGGUCGACCUGCGCUCCUGCUCGCUCCUCUCCUCUGAGACCGGACAGCUGCUCUCCUUCCCCUCCCACGCCGCCACCUCCUCCUCAUCUUCUUCCUCUGCUACCACCACCACCAGUGUCGCCGCUACAUCCUCCUCCACGCCUGCCGCCUCCUCCUCCUGUCCUCCUGAAGACAGAACGCUGCUAAAGAACAGCUAAAGUCCGCCUUCAUGUCAUGUGACACUCGAGUCCAGGUGGCCUGCGAGCCCAGCCUCGCUCCUCAUUACACUACAGACAGGUGAGGAGGAGGAGGAGGAGUUGUGCAGCACUGCUCCUGACACUGGAAGAGGAGGAGGGACGUAUUUUGGGAAAAAGUUGUUGGUUAUAGUUAAAAAUAGAAACCCUGAGCAUGUAUAUAUUUGUUCUCUGUAUAAUUUGGGUGUGUGUAUAUAUCUGUAGGGUUACUGUAAAUGACCCCUGACCUUUGAACCAUCAUCCCACACCUCCUUAAACUCCCCGAUCUCCUUCCUUUCUGUCCUUCCACCCUGCGACCGAUCAGCCGGUCAGCUGCUCGUCAAGCGAACACGCCGCGCUCCGUCUGUGCAGGUCAAGCUUUCCCUCUGCUUCCUGUCUCACAGCAUCAUCCGCCUUUAUUUUCGUGUUUCUCACCUGAAGCGUCACCGACCUCACACUACACUUUUCAUGUCCUCCUCUGCACAGACCACAAAUCCAUCGACCGUCAAAGUUCAUUCAGACUGACCUUUACUGAACUUGGUUUAUUUAACGUGACGAACUCUUCACAUUUCAGACGCUCGAGCUGCCAAGUGACUCAAAUUCAGGCAGAAACUUCCAUCAAUCGACUGUUUCUGGCACCUCUUGUGGUUUCUCUCUCCAAAAGUUUGCCGUGAUUUGAGUAAAGACUUAAACAUGGUCACAGCAGGUCAUCGCUGAUUUAGUUUCGUUUUUUCUAUUUGACCUCUAACCUCACCGAUGACUCCUCUGUAAAUACAAACAGCUGAGUGCGUAUGAAUCGAUUAAUUGCCUAAAAGAUCAGAAAGAGUUUGUCACUGGAAAAACUUUGGUUUGGUUUGGUCCAACACACCGUCCACGACUCAGGCGUUGGCUGUAGCGUCACCGUGACCGACCGACGCUGGGAAGGAACCAGAGGGAAAAUGGCGAGGGAUGGAUUCCUGCUGACGGGUCGCUUGUAUUGGGUUGUUCACGUAGGCGAACCUCGAGUGUCGUUUUCGUAACACUGAUUUCUGCUGCUGCUCUGCAGCUUCCUUCAGGCAGCACAGACACAUUUUCUAUUGUGGAGCCCAUUUCUUUUAACGAGACCAUGAUGAAUGUACUACAAACACCACGAUGGAGCAGAAGUCCGUGUUCGCUGGGCUCAGUUUAACCUACAGUCAGUCUGAGCAGGCUGUGGAAGCGUGUUCAUAAAACACAAGAGUCCCAUCACCGGGCGAAACAGUGCCAACUUCCUGUUACGCCCCGGCAGGCCCUCCAAGUUCCUAAACCGUGACGAAAUCUUCUGCAGUCAAAACGGAGGCGUAGCUUCCCUCGGUGCGCAGGCAACCUCCGUCAGCUGACGACAUAAGGACAGCCGUGUCUUAGCUGCUUUAAAUGUACCGAUGCGUCCACGAGGAGCCGUCCUACAGCUCCUAAUAUUUCAUGUUUGCUCCAAGACCUCGUCCUCGGUCGCCCCGGAAACAACAGCUGUGGAAGAACAUGGUGGAAAUCAGUUUUGAAGGUGAAGCGGGGAUCAGUGCUGAUUUAAAAACCUUUCUGUAGCUCCGCCCGCUCGAUCAGUUGCACGCCGCUGGGACUGGUGGGAGGCGGGGCCAGACUAGCGGUCUCCCCAUGCUUCCUGUGCUCAUGCCGAGCUAGGCUGCAAACUGAACAUGUGGUACUAUCAAAGGAUUGCAGUCUGUUUCCUGUAUCGCAGGUGACCUUUGGCCAUGUGUGGGUUGUGUUCAGGUGUUCUUCCUCCCUCUGAGCGUGUGCGUGAUCAGACUGAUCACGCUUUUUGAAACUGAGCCUCAAUCAUCCCUGUUUGAUUUUAUACUUGUGUCCAUCACCUUCGAUCAGCUUCCUCUGAUCAAUCAUCAGUUUUCUCAGGAGUAUUUGUUGUCUUUGAUUUUCUGUUUUCUAUUUAUUUUGUGCCACAGCAGCGCUUCCAUCCACUCCGAUUGGAGACAUUCCUGUUUUCUGGCUGCUCACACUCCAUUUGAUCAGCUUCCUGUCGUUGCAUCGUUCAGAUUACUUUGAGAAAUAUGAAUCUGUUUGCUGAAGAAACCUAUUUCUGCCAGGAAAAGAAAAACAUGGAUGAACAGUCCAAAAUCGAGUUUGCAGAAGCACGUCUGGACUUGUUUUAUAAAUCCUGUGUGUGUGUGUGUGUGUGUGUGUGUGUGUGUGUGUGUGUGUAUAAUCUUGCUUUUGUUUUAAUAAUCUUAAUUUAGCAUAGACUUAUUUUAUCAUAUCCCUAGUUUUUCUUAUGAUUUGCCAUCAGUUGAUCUUGUUUCUUGUCGUGUUCUUGACUCGUCUCAGGUUAUUUCUUAAUUUUAGUCACUCUGUAGUUGCGACCGAGAAAAUCAAGAUGAUGACUUUGGGUCUUAAGUUGUUUCAUUCAUGAAGCGUUUGUUUUCUUGGCUUAAAUGGGCUUCGGUCGUUUCUUGUGGGCGUCAGUUAUGAAAAAGCAUUCAGUUGUAUUUGAGCAAAGUUUUGUUUUGUUUUUUUUCAUGUUUCCAUGGAUAAAAGCAGGGAAUUUCAAUUAUAAAGUCGCACAGAUGUUUCAUAAAUGACGUCCAGAUGCUCAGCUGUAACUGUUGGGUUUAUUUUUCUUGAUGUAUGUGAACUGCCUGAGUUUCCUGUGGGUGGAGGGUGAUGUUCAAAAUGUUUUUUAUUUUGUGAUGUUUGUAUUUUAAGAUGUACACGUCUGCGACACAUCAAAUGGCCGAUCAAAUCACAGCGGUUUUAAUGACUAAAACUUACUUUCAGGAUAGACUAGAGUAAAUGGAUUGCCUUGAGCCAGCUGGCAAGUUGGUUAGCUGCAGUCAGUGCUGCUUUACCUCCGCUGCUCAAAUAUCACUCAGACUAUUAAAACUAGUGGACAAAAAACGUCAAAUUAGUGAAAACGUCCUCUAGCUAACCCACAUUAGCGACAAGACCCUUUUUAAUUUAGGGAUUUAUUGUUGUUAGCCAGCUAACACGCUAACACUAGCUCUUUAAAGAUAAAAAUAAAAACUAAAGAAUUGAGUAAAUUGCAUAGAGCAAAAUAGCUAAUAAUAUAAUGUUGGAACUUACAUGAGAAUCUGGACAGGAAUAUUAAAACCUGAGGGCAGGAAAUAAUUUGUCAAGUUAAUUUAUAACAGCUAAAGAUAACAGAAUUAGUUUUAGCUAGCUAAAUUAUUAAAGUAUAAACUAAAAAAUAAAAAAAACAAAACACUUUUUUUUUGUUAGGGAGAUUUUUAUUUAUCAAUAAGCUAACAAGCUAAUUCUGUUUAAUUUUAGCUUUGAAACUUGUCAGGAAAAUUCCAAAAUAAGCAGGAAAAGGGUUGGAUUUAUCAGACUAGCUGAAGUUAACUGCAAAGGCUGUAGAGGUUUAGGGUUGGCUGGGUAAGAAUACCUGAUACUGUUAAAGUUUAAAAAAAGAAAAUGAGCGGGAAAAUGGCUACAUUCUUUAGGCUAGCUCAGAGGAGCUAAAAUACCCAGAGGUUUAGCUAACAUUGAUUCAGAACUUGGUCAGAAAAAUAAACGUGGAGGAAAAGAUUAACCAGGUCUAAAAGUUUAGUUUUUGUUUGUUUGAUAUUUUUGUUUUUUUUGUUUGUUUUUUUUGUAAUGAUUACAUUCUCAAGCUAAUUGGUGUUAGCUUUUUGGUUUAGAGUAAAGUGUUCACGUCUUUCUGGGGACAUGAUCGUAACUGUUUACUGUCUGCUAUUAGUCAUUUUCUGCUGUUUGUUUUAAAUAUGUUAACCGUUGCCGGUGUUCAAUUCUUAGGAAAAAAAUGCAGCAUCAGCACCUUCUGUUAGUUGGUAUGAGUGAAUAUUGCAGCGCUGCAGCCGAGGUAUCGCAGUGUUUCCUGCAGCAGUGCGUCGACUUUGGGCUGCUACCGGCUGUGAAAUAAAAGUAUUAUGGGUAAAUUUCAAAUCGCCUGUGACGCCUUGUUGUGCCAUAAACGCACCAGAUCAACUGUCAGCAUAUGAAUGGGUCAUUUUUUUUUUUUAAACAUAUUUUAUUUUUUCUAUUUGAUGAGGGGUUUUUUUUUUUUUUCUUUUUUCUUGUUUUGUUUUGUUUUGUUUUUUCGUAGGGGUGGCGCCUCGCAUGCUCUCUGCCGCUUCAGCUAGCAACAAAUGAGGAGGUCAAAUGUGACUGGACGAUAAUUGCUAAGUAAUGAAAACUGUUUUCGAGUCGGACACCUGCGCUCUCCUCUUAGUAAAAACUGAAUCAUGUGGUGUUUGAUGUCCUUUUUUUUUUUUUUUUAAAGAUGCACUGGAUCAUCAUCUUCAUCUUCACCUUUUGCCAAAUGUAGUUUUUGUUGUGAAAAGGGGCAUUUUAUCCUGUUUUCCCUCUGUUGGGUUCUUUUUAUACUUUGUCCAUGACUCUUCCAUUGUGUUGAUGUUAAAAAAAAAAGAGGAAGAUGUUGGAACAAACGGUAAAUAGACACAAAAAGACCAACUCAAGGCAGCUACGUAUGAGUGACUACUGUAAAAUGACUAAUAAAGAAGCAAUGGGUUUGUUUUUCA